AACAGAAAAGAAAGAGGAGCGCGAGUGUGUGUGAGGGGAGUUGAAACCGGCGGCACUUCCUGCCGGUUGGCGGGCUGGCGGCGGCGGGGAGCCCGGAGAUGUGCGCGCUCAAAUGUGGCUUCCGAGGGGGCGGGAAAUAGGGGGCGCCUCCUGGCCGUGACCGGCGCCCCCCGCGCGAGUGAAUGGGUGUGAGGGAAAGAGAGAAAGAGGACGAAGAGCGCGCGCAGCAGCAGCAGGAGGAGGCGGAGGCGGAGUGCGCCUCUCGCCUCGCCUCACGAUUCUCCUCAGCUGCAAAACUCCCUUCAUUGUCCCAAGUUUAGCGCCUCCCCGCCCUGCCCUUCCCCGCUUGCGACGGAGCCCCGGCGGCUGCGGAGGGGCGCCUGAGCCCGAGCGAGCGAGCGGGGCGGCUUUUCUCCUCAGAUUUCCACGGGAAAUGCAGCAGGCGAGCGCGACGUCUCCUUCGCGGAAACUUGCCUCAGCGGCGCUUUAGGAAGGGGAAGGGGAAGAGGAGAAAAAGGGGUUUUUUUUUAUUCAGCCUGGCGCCCCUCGAAGUUGACGCGGCUCCGCUUCGCGAUGGCAGAAGCAACCCCGGCGCCCGCGGCGGGAGAAGGCGACUCGGAGCCUUUCCCGGAGCCCGAGGCGCCCCGGAGGAGGGAGCGCAGGAGCGGGGUGUCUCUGGCCGCCGCCGCCGCCGCCGACCCCGAAGCGAUCCUCCUGGAAGCGGCCAGGGCGACCCCUCGCAGGAGCAGCAUCAUUAAGGAUCCUGCAAAUCAAAAAUGUGGACGCAAGAAAACAGUGUCCUUCAGCAGCAUGCCAUCGGAAAAGAAAAUAAGCAGCGCCAACGACUGCAUCAGCUUCAUGCAGGCUGGUUGUGAACUGAAGAAAGUCCGGCCAAACUCCCGUAUUUAUAAUCGUUUUUUUACCCUGGACACUGACUCACAAGCGCUUCGCUGGGAACCAUCUAAGAAAGAUCCUGACAAGGCCAAACUCGAAAUUUCCGCUGUGAAAGAGGUCCGGUUAGGGAAAAACACAGAAACAUUCAGAAACAAUGGGCUAGCAGAUCAAAUUUCCGAAGACUGUGCCUUCUCUAUAAUUCAUGGGGAGAAUUAUGAGUCACUGGAUCUCGUUGCCAAUUCAGCAGACGUGACCAACAUUUGGGUGUCAGGUUUGAGGUACCUGGUUUCCCGUGCCAAACAGUGCCUGGAUUUGAUAGAAGGUAGCCAGGACACUCCACGUUUUGCAUGGCUAAAGUCUGUGUUUGAAGCCGCAGAUGUCGAUGGUAAUGGGAUCAUGUUGGAAGACACAGCUGUAGAAUUAAUAAAGCAGCUGAACCCUGCCUUAAAGGAGUCAAAGAUCAGGUUAAAAUUUAAGGAAAUCCAGAGAAGCAAAGAGAAGCUAACGACCCGUGUAACAAAGGAGGAAUUUUGUGAAGCAUACAUUGAGCUUUGCACUAGACCCGAAGUUUAUUUUUUGCUGGUGCAAAUAUCUAAAAACAAAGAAUACUUAGAUGUCAAUGACCUCAUGCUUUUUUUAGAAGCUGAGCAAGGGGUGGCACAAGCAACUGAAGAAAUGUGUCUUGAUAUUAUUCAAAGGUAUGAAUUUUCAGAGGAAGGGCGGUUGCAGGGUUUUCUGGCAAUUGAUGGAUUUACUCAGUAUUUGCUGUCCCCAGAAUGUGAUAUUUUUGACCCUGCACAUAAAAAUGUUGUCCAAGAUAUGACCCAGCCUUUAUCACAUUACUAUAUCAAUUCAUCUCACAAUACUUACCUAAUAGAAGACCAGGUGCGAGGGCCAGCUGAUAUUAAUGGCUAUGUCAGGGCACUGAAGAUGAGCUGUCGAUGUAUUGAACUGGAUGUGUGUGAUGGUCCAGAUAAGGAGCCCAUCAUCUGCAAUCGUAACAGCAUGACGUCACCUCUAUCUUUUCAAUGUGUCAUUGAGGUGAUCAACAAAUUUGCCUUUGUUUCAUCACAGUACCCUCUUAUUCUUUGCUUGGGAAACUACUGCUCCAUACAGCAGCAGAAGGUUAUGGUUGAACAGAUGAAGAAGAUUUUUAAAAACAGGCUCUAUACUGAUAUGCCACCGCAGUCAGAAGCCUACCUUCCAUCUCCAGAGAAACUGAAACUGAAGAUUAUCAUCAAAGGGAAGAAACUGCCUGAUGGUGAGGAUUUAUUAGAGGGAGAAGUCAGUGAUGAAGACGAAGAAGCUGAAAUAUCUCGAAGAAUGUCUGAAGUGUCUGUGGAGACGCCCAAGAUGACUUGGUUAUGCAAGGAGCUGUCUGACCUGGUAUCUGUAUGCAGAGCUGUCAGAUUCAAAGAUUUUGAGCACUCAAUGAAAAGUCAGAAUUACUGGGAAAUCUGUUCCUUUAGUGAAGCAGAUGCUAGCAGAAUUGCAAAUGAGUGUCCGGAGAACUUUGUAAAUUACAAUAAGAAAUUUCUGUCUCGAAUAUACCCUAGUGCCAUGAGAAUAGAUUCCAGCAACUUAAAUCCGCAGGAUUUUUGGAACUGUGGUUGCCAGAUAGUGGCCAUGAAUUAUCAAACGCCAGGGCCAAUGAUGGAUUUACAUACUGGUUGGUUUCUACAAAACGGAGGAUGCGGUUAUGUUCUUCGACCUUCUGUUAUGCGAGAAGAAGUUUCUUAUUUCAGUGCGAAUACAAAGGGCAUAGUUCCAGGGGCCUCUCCUCAAGUUCUGCAUGUCAAAAUCAUCAGUGGGCAGAACUUUCCAAAGCCAAAAGGAGCCUGCGCCAAGGGGGAUGUCAUAGAUCCUUAUGUGUUCCUAGAAGUCCAUGGCAUUCCUGCAGACUGUACAGAACAGAGAACUAAAACUGUUCAGCAAAACAGUGAUAACCCCAUUUUUGACGAGAGCUUUGAGUUUGAGAUAAACCUACCAGAGCUUGCAAUGAUCCGUUUUGUUGUGCUGGAUGACGAUUACAUUGGAGAUGAGUUCAUAGGCCAAUGCGCUAUCCCCCUAGAAUGUAUACAGCCAGGCUAUCGGCACAUACCUUUGCGCUCCUUUGUUGGAGACCUUAUGGAGCAUGUUACGCUUUUUGUGCACAUUGCAAUAACUAACCGAAGCGGUGGAGGGAAGGCCCAUAAACGCAGCCUGACCGCAAGAAUAGGGAUGAAAACAAGAGACUAUACCAUGCUGCGGAAUACAAGUCUUAAGAUUGUAGAUGACAUCUUCAAACCAGCGAUACAUCCAUUAAGAGAGGCAACUGACAUGCGGGAAAAUAUGCAGAAUGCAAUUGUGUCUCUUAAAGAGCUGUGUGGACUCCCACCAAUUACCAAUCUGAAGCAGUGCAUUUUGACCUUGUCCUCACGCCUUAUGAACAGCGACAAUGUUCCCUCAGUGGCCCUCUGUAUGAAGGACAACUUCCCCUACCUAGAACCUUUGGGGACAUUGACGGAUGUGCAGAAGAAGGUUCUAGCGGCAUACGACCUGAUGAUUCAAGAAAGCAGAUUCCUUAUAGAAACGUCAGAUGCUGUUUACGACAAGAUAGUUCAGUGCCAGAAAGCAGGAAUGGAACUGCAUGAAGAGCUUCAUGACCUGGGAACAAAGGAAGGCUUGAAAGGAAGGAAGCUCAGCAAAGCCAUUGAGAGUUUUGCAUGGGAUAUCACUGUGUUAAAGGGACAAGGUGAUCUACUGAAGAACGCCAAGAACGAAGCCAUAGAGAACAUGAAGCAGGUCCAACUGGCUUGUUUGUCAUGUGGACUCAGCAGAACUGGGAUUUUGGAUGCCAAGUCGAAACGGUGCCUGGAGGCAAUAGAAGAAAAGGAGACUGGCGAUGAGAAUGGGAGGCUGUGAAAGAAGACCAUCGCUGUCUGGCAAUGGCAUAUAUUUCAAUAGCCUGAAAUUAUUUUUUUAACACAUUUAAAAAGAGAAAGAGAAAAGACCGCACUAGAUUGCCCUCUACCGGAUAUCAGAAGUAUUAAAAUCCUCACAAUGCCAGUG